CAGGGGGAAGUGAAGUGAGAGAGCUCAGCAAAACUUUGGCUAAAGUUGUCAUUAGAGACUUCGGUGACGUUUGAAAUGAAGAAAAACUAUUAAACGGGGAAAAGAGGUGGCAAUGGAUAUGGAUUUUCACGCCGUCCCUGCCGUGAAGAGUUCGAAAAUAUAAAGUCAAGCUGUUUACAAGCUACAGGUUACUGUGUCCAUGACGUAGCCGUAGCAAUCUGGAGGAAAAAACCAUAAUCAAACAGACACAUUGCUGUCAGAUACUCAAGUUUCGCUUUCAAGACACUGGACACUGGAACAAGACAUUGGAACAAUACCGGAAGACAGUAGCCAACAAGAAAAUGUGUGACAGCAGCAAAAGCGUCUCGGAGCUUCAAGACGUUAUCAGCUCAGGGACCCAUUUGUGCGCUCCAAAGGGAGGGUCAGCAUCACCCCCUGUCAGUAAACACUCCGAAGGGGAUGGAAUGAACGGUACCACCUCCUCGUUGUCCUCCUCCUCCUCCAGCGUAAAGGCGCGCAGCCAACUUCUUCCAAGCUUGGAGCGCAUGGGUGCGCGACCACUCCCCGCAGCCCCGAGCGUCUCCUCUACGCGCAGAUCCAGACUUCAGAGGCAGCAGGAGGUAUGCGAGCAAGGAGGGAACGUCUCGCACUCCUUAUCAGCGGAGAUAUCGGACAAGGGCAGCCUCACACCUGCCAUGCGCAAGAAGUACCUGAAGGAAUUGUUUCUACAUAACGGCCGCAAUAGCGGUUUUGGGAGUAUUCUGCUGCCUUCAAAAAAUUCCUAUGCGUCAUCGGGAGGCACGGAGGAGAAUGAUCCUUGCUCGGUGGAGGAUACCAGCUACACUUCAUACUGGGCUCUUGAUCCUAUGGAGCACGCCUGGAUGUUGUCAGUCGUUGAUGGAAAUUAUGAGACAAUAUUAACUUAUCUCUCUUCGGAUAUGAGCCUGUUGACCAGAAAAGACUUUGUCAGUGGCUACACGGCUCUCCAUUGGUUGGCCAAGUAUGGGAAGGAUGAGACACUCAUCAAAUUGUUGAAAUACGCUGAAAAGGAAGGGUGUCGUGUAGAUGUGAACUUGAGGGGAAGCGGCGGUCUGACACCCCUUCACGUGGCGACCAUGCACAGUCAGUUCAUGGUGGUGAAACUUUUGGUUGGAGCCUUCAGCGCCAAAACAGAUAUUAUGGACUACAGUGGAAGGCGAGCGUGGCAAUAUCUGAAGAGCAACGCCCCGCUAGAGAUGAAGGAGCUCCUAGGAGCUUGGGACGAUGAGCAUGCGAGUGUUGGGGCGCAGAAUGUGAACAAUAACAGCUCGAGCGCAGAAGCGCCGGUGACCCCUCAGUCCAACAUUCCAGAGGAAGAACCGAAGGAUGCGUUUGACAGGCGCAAUGACAGCUCAGGACGCUUUGGAUCUUUCAAAAAGUUGUUUUUCACAGUUCAACGUUACUUUCAUGAGUAAGGACUAACAUUGUCACCUUGCAUGGACAGCCUGAAAUGAUUGUGGUGUGGGAAUCCUGCCAAGUCUACAGUAUUUUGUAAUAUUAA